GCAGUCGACACGCACGCCGCACCGCGCACCCAUGCAACGCCGCGACGCCCCUAAACCAAGGGUCUAAACCCCGCUAUGGAUAUUUUUAUAACUAAAAAUAUAUAUUUAUAGUGUGUGAGAAUAAUAAAGACUUGAUUCGAUUGUUAAAACUUGUGAAGAUGAGACAAAACGACGAUCUCCCUGAAAGGAUAGCCCAGUUCAAGGCCGAUCCUGAAAAACUACGACAGGCCAAUGAGUUUGUAGACCAACUAAUACAGCAAGCUAAAAAAGAGGCAGAGCUUAAACAAAAACAGAAAGAGCGAAGUAAAUUCGAAUCACAAGACACGGAAUCUGGUAACCUGAAACGGCGGUUGGGACGCGCGCGGGGCCUCGUCCUUCGUAUGUUCGACGCCCUCUGCAACUGCACACAAACCGCCGCGGCCGCUGCCCGCACUACCGCCCGCAACAACCCGUUCACUAAACGCUAAUCAUGUUACUAGAAUAGCUGGCCCGCACGCGGGACCUCGUGACCCGUAUGUUCGACGCCGUCUGCACGCAAUUCGCUACAGUCGCCGCCAGCACCACUGCCUGAAAGAACCCUUUAAUUAUACACCAAUCUUAUAACCUGAAAUACUGGCGCGUGGGGCCUCGAGAUCUUUAAAUUUCACGGAAAACUGGCAUGGUUGCCCGCACCGCAACUACUUCACUACCAUUUAGGUAAUAUAGCAAUAAAAGACACUUAAAUAAAAAGGUAAUUUUACCUAAAUUAUUUUUUGGCCGGAGAUAUUACAUUUGUUGCGAGAGGCGAAUGGUAUGGGUACAAUAAUACCAUUAUUAUGUAGUCUGUGCCCUGCCGCCACCAAUCCUACUAACAAGUAACAAUGUGCCGGGUCAUUGGUUUGAGUAAGUCUUAGGAGUUAAUUAACUCUGGCUUAAUGACUUUUUGAACACAAACAGGGGCCUUAUUCCACUUGUGCAAAACUGACAUUUCAAAUCAACAUCACAUCAACAGAUGAUUGUAUCGCAUUGUUCAAUGGAAUCGCGUUCUAUCGCAAACUUGUGAUCGAAAAAUAAGUAAGAAAAAAUCAACUUUGUUUUAUUACUACUAUACGGUUUAUAAUGACUUUGAACUCGGGGUAGGUCGGUUAAGUCGGUUUGGUUCGGUUGUCACCUAACUGUGGAUUGCUAAUGUCAAAUUUUGACAGGCAUGGAUACUAUCGCUAGACUUUUUUGUCCAUGGGCUUGGGCACCAUCUUGGAGUUUUUGACGUGCGAAAGGGUAUUUUAUAGCAUAGAGUAAAGCUUUUUUUUUUCAAUAUAUACGUUUACAGGAAUUAAUGACAUCUUGUGAGCGAUAGAUGAACUAAAGCGCUAUUCAUGGUGCGGCGGCGAGUAGUGGAACUAUAUGUGACAAUUUCCAUCAAUCAAAAGGGGACUACACUGUUGAUGGUCGAUAAAGGCUAUUAUUAAUUGAAUUUUAACAACACGAACGCCUUAUUGACAAGCGCUCUUUUUGUUGAACCCACACCUACACGUCAAAUAAUGCUCGCUCCACACAUUCACCUAUGAACGCUCAAAAAUG